UUCUGGGCAGCUCUGAGCACUCUGCAGAGCAGACUGUGAGGAAGAAGCAGAAAAGAAAAAUCCUCUCAGGACUGGAUCCAGCAAUUCCAGGGCAGCACACAUCCCAUCGAACCCCAGAGCUGUACCCCAGAAAUGUUCAUGUGUGGAAAACAGCUUGCACUUCAGAGCCUGGCCCAGCCACAAUCUUCACCCCUGCCGGGGACAUGGAGCUUGUGAUCCAGGCUGAGGAAGAGAAAGGGCCUGCUCCAGGCUUUCGUUUCCUGGCUGAAGUUUCUCUUGUGGGUGCAGCGUCUGCAUCCCAGGGUGAUGAGGUUAAGGGCUCAGCGGCGGUGGGAGUGGUAGUGUUCCGAUAGCCCUUGUGCCGGUCACCCGAGGACAUUCAUCCUCUCUCCGACUGCCAUGGACAACGGGUCGUGCUGUCUCAUUGAGGGAGACCCCAUCUCCAAGGUGAUGCCACCGCUGCUCAUCCUGGCCUUCGUGCUUGGUGCCCUGGGCAACGGUAUAGCACUGUGUGGUUUCUGCUUUCACACGAAGACCUGGAAACCUAGUACUGUUUACCUUUUCAACUUGGCCGUGGCUGAUUUUCUCCUCAUGAUCUCCCUACCCUUGCGGACAGACUACUACCUCAGACGGAGGCACUGGGCCUUUGGGGAUAUUCCCUGUCGCCUGGUGCUCUUCAUGCUGGGCAUGAAUAGGGCGGGGAGCAUUGUCUUUCUCACCGUGGUGGCUGCCGACAGGUAUUUCAAAGUGGUCCACCCCCACCACCCAGUGAAUGCCAUAUCCAACCGGACAGCAGCUGCUGCCGCCUGUGUGCUCUGGACCUUGGUCAUCUUGGGGACUAUGUAUCUUCUCAUGGAGGGCCACCUGUGUGUGCAGGAGACAGGGUCGUCUUGUGAGAGCUUCAUCAUGGAGUCAGCCAACAGAUGGCAUGAUAUCAUGUUCCAGCUGGAGUUCUUCUUGCCCCUAGCCGUCAUUGUGUUUUGCUCCUUUAAAGUUGUCUGGAGCCUCAGACAGAGGCAGCUGGCCAGACAGACUCGGAUGAAAAGGGCCACCCGCUUCAUCAUGGUGGUGGCUGCUGUGUUCAUCACGUGUUACCUGCCCAGCGUGUUGGCCAGGCUCUAUUUCCUCUGGACAGUGCCCUCCAGUGCCUGUGACCCCUCCGUCCACACAGCCCUCCACGUCACCCUCAGUUUCACCUACCUGAACAGCAUGCUGGACCCUCUCAUCUACUAUUUCUCAAGCCCCUCAUUCCCCAAGUUCUAUACCAGUCUCAACAUCUGCAGUUUGAGACCCAAACGCCCAGGACGCUUGAAGACACAGGGGUCAGAAGAGAUGCCAAUUUCCACCCUCUGUUGUAAGAGCUCCGUCGAUGGGGCAAAUAGCUCCCAAAGGCCGUCAGAGGGGCAGUGGGAUCUCCAAGUGUGUUGAAUGGCGUUAAGGCAAACGGCCCAAACACACGGCAGAGGGAUGGGCAACUGUGAGUUAAAUGGGUGGGGACUUCAAAAAUGCCACCGCUGUUUCUCAGCUGUAUCUUUCUCUCACUCAGGUGGAAAUGAAUUCCAUGUCAUUCUGCCUUUUCCAGAAGGGUCCAGUUGCUUGAAGUGAGUUGUGUUUAAAUAUUCUGAUUGCUAUGGUAAGAGGAUGGCACAUGUGUGUGUGUGCAUGUGUGUACGCGCGUGUGUGUGAGAAGGAAAGCAUGUGUUGGGUCAGGAACUGCUCAGAGCCUCUGUCACUUUACAUGGCUGAGAAUAUGGUCUUGCUCUUGCUCUGAGAAAGUUAAUGAACUUGAUAACUUGUCAGUAUUUUCUGGACUGAAAAAAAAAUUGAACCUGGACUGGGUAGAUACACUUCUGUCCAGCUGAGUGAGACCCUUUACACGGGGAUGCUGGGUCCUGGCUGUGUUUCAUCUUCCCUGGGGAGCCUCCGUAUGUUUCCUUUCCAGUGUUUGAACUUCUAGGUAGCCCAGGAGGACAGCAAAAAGAAUCUGCCCUAACCUUCCAGGCUAGGCUCUGCUGAUUUUAGGUGGUUUGGUUUUGCUUGUUUGUUUGCUUUUCAAAGAAGAUGCUGAGGUUUAGUUCCUCUAGGGGAAGCUGAGAGCCAGGGAUCCUUAUUGGUAUUUGGGGUGUGCUAGUUCAUGUAUGGCCGUUUUUGACUGCUAGAUGCACAAGUAUGAGUUUAAAUCAUUCAUUCAUUCAUUCAUUCAUUCUCAAGUCCUUGUUGAAUUCAGAUUGUGCGGCCCAGCUCUAUCCUGUAUCCCCAUCUGUUUUGUCUUUGGUGUUGGGCAUUGAACUUGGGGCCUUACAAGGCUUAGGCGAGCACUCACCACUGAACUCAGUUCUCAACCCCUUGCUCCCGUUUAGCUGGAGCGUUGUUUGCCAACCCUUGGGAGACUGUGAAGUUCUAGGAGGCAGCCAGAGACAUUCCAUCUCGGCUCCCUUUUGGUGAACAGUGUCAUCAGGAUCGCCUCCUGUUGUGGCCUCCCUCUGCUCUCUGUUCCCUAGGUACUGCCCGGAACUCUCACCACUAGACGCUUUGUGAAGCGCAGGCGGCUCCUGUCCCAGAGGAAGGAAAACAGAUCCCUUGUCAAGUUCAGCUCCUCUUCCAAAGGGGUGACAGUCAUCAGCCAUCCUUCUGUUUGCACUUUCUCCGAUUCCCAGAGCUUUCUCCCCCAGGCAGGGACCUUGACAACUUUUAUGUCUUUAGCCCAAGACACUCCUCUAGGCUCUCCACACGGUUUCCCUUGCCAGAAGCGGUGUACAGCCUGGUAGCCAAAACCAUGGUCUGACUACAGGGCCGGCAAGAUGGCUCAACGGGUUAAGGAGCCUGCUGCCAAGAUGCCAACCUGAGUAUCCCUGGGACCCAUUGGUGGAUGGAGAAAACAGACUCCCAAAGGUUGUUCUCUGGCCUACGCCACACACACACACACACACACACACACACACACACAAUUAAUUAAUUAAUUAAUUAAUGUGAUAACAAUUGUAUUGGUUGCACAGUCAAGUGGGUCUCAGUUUGAAUCCUAGCUCAAACAUUUAUUAGACAAGCACUCUUAGGGAAGAGUUUAUAUAACCACAUUCAGUUUUGGUUUCUCCAUUUGUCCAAGAGGAGUAAUAGUGCCUCCAAAGGGUUAGGGCAAAGCCAAUGAGUAUAUAAUCUUGACAUAUAAGGACUUUGUUUCACACUUUCGUCCCAAGUGCCUAGAAGGAGACUACCUGCUUAUAACAGAUGUAAAUAAAUGCUUGUUGAAUGACUGCGUGCACGUAAAGAAUGAGACCCUACAUCUGGCUACGAGUUUUCAAAGAUGACUUAACGACAUCACAUGUGGUUUGUGGUUGUUUUUAAGCUCAGAGGGUAGGUAGUUUUUAUUCAAGUUUAAAAGAAAAACUCCAGGGCAGGCAAGCUGUAAAUCUCAGCAGAUUGAGAAGGAAGACAGAGAGGGGGAAGAGAGAAAGCCGCUGUCUUUUCUCAGUAGUCACAGAGUGUAUGUUCGGUCCCACAGUGGGGAGGAGGGUUUCAGAUAAAGAAUGGAAAAGCCCAGAGUGCCAACGACAGGAUGCAUAGGCUCUAGAGAGAUUGAAAGAAAGAGACAGAAAAGGAAAAGGGAACUUUAUGUAAGCCGGGACUCAGAACCUCAUGGUGACCCUGCAGUGCCUGACACAUGAGCACACGGCACACAGAGAGUCCAUAGAAAGAAGCGGACACACGAGAGUCAAGCGUCCCUAAGCAGCUACUCUGUUGUUACUGCCUGACUUCUGCUUCCUAGGAAAGAGUCAAGCCAGGAAGUCCUACCAGCAUCAAAUCAAGGACCACAUAUCCUCUUUGUCUUUUAUUUUAUUUUCUUCACACUAUAAUUAUUAUUAUUAUUAUUACUAUUAUUUUGUUUUUGAAACAGGGGUUCACUACAUAACCCUGGCCUGGAACUUGCUGGUCUUUUGGGGUUUUUUUGUUUUGUUUUUUGAGACAGAGUUUCUCUGUGUAACCCUGGCUAUCCUGGAACUCAGUAUGUAAACCAGGCUAUGCUUGAACUCAGAGAUCUGCCUGCCUUGGCCUCCUGAAUGCUGGAAUUAAAGGUGUGUGCUGCCACCACCCAGCUAACUUGCUGGUCUUGAACUUGAGAUCUACUGGCCUCUGCCACAUGAUAGAAAUCUGUGGAAACUGGCUCAGGGGCUAUUUCAGUAAGUGAAAAGCUUACCACACAGUCCCAAGGACCUGAGUUCAGUCAUAGAACUCAUAGGGUAGCACAAGUUUGUAAUCCCAGAGUUGGGGAGGCAGAGACAGAAGACAGGAGAGGCUCACUGGCCAGACUAGCUGAAUGGGUAAGCCCGAGGACUCAGUGAGAGACUGUCUCCAAAACAAAGCAAACAGGCAAACAUGGUAGGGGCUGACGUGAUCACUCAGUGGGUGAAGACCCUCACCACCAAGGCCUGAACGUGAUCCAGCCAGGAACUUGGGCGGCGGAAGGAGAGAGCUGACCCCUGCAGUGUGUCUCUGACCUCCUCUUGUGUGUUCACACAUGCGUGUGCACACAAGAGCAUACACAUACACUAAACAAACACUUUUUUAACGUCCCUCCUGAGGAAUGACCCCAGAGGUUGGUCUCUGGCCUCCACCUCCACUCGAUUGAGAGUGCACACACUUAUCCUACCUGCAAAAAUAAACAGAAAUCUGUGAAAACCCCUGCUUUUAACUCUACCCUUGGGCGCAAUGUUUCACUCCUUUGUUGCUUGAUCUUAA